AUGUCAUCCUCCGGUGAUUUUGGAAAUCCACUUAGGAAGUUCAAGCUUGUAUUUUUAGGAGAGCAGAGUGUGGGUAAAACGUCAUUAAUAACGAGGUUCAUGUACGAUAGUUUUGACAAUACAUACCAAGCAACAAUCGGUAUAGAUUUCCUAUCGAAAACAAUGUAUCUCGAAGACAGGACGGUAAGACUGCAACUCUGGGACACCGCUGGACAGGAAAGGUUUCGGAGUUUAAUACCAUCUUACAUUAGAGAUUCAACGGUAGCCGUCGUUGUUUAUGAUAUUACAAAUGCCAAUUCGUUUCAUCAAACGUCAAAAUGGAUCGAUGACGUACGAACGGAAAGGGGAAGCGAUGUUAUCAUUAUGCUAGUUGGAAAUAAAACAGAUUUAAGUGAUAAGAGACAAGUUUCGUCGGAGGAAGGAGUGAAAAAGGCUAAAGAAUUAAACGUUAAGUUCAUAGAGACUAGUGCGAAAGCAGGGUAUAACGUCAAACAGUUGUUUAGAAGGGUGGCUGCUGCACUACCGGGAAUGGAUUCGACGGAAAACAAACCCCCCGAAGACAGGCAAGAAGUCAUAUUAAAGGAUACGCCGAAUCAAGUUCAAAAUCCGGAAGGGGGUUGUGCAUGCUAA